AUAUCACAUGCAACAGGUUUCACUCGCUUAAAAAACCAAACCAACGAAAAUGGCAGUUAUCAGAACCUCAACCAACAUGAUCCUCAAACAAGUUUUCCUCGAUAAUCUGCUAAUACCGCCAGUGCCCUCCUUUUCUGUUAGUAGAACAUUAGGCAACUUGCGCUGGGCUAACCUUAAAGUACCAAAUCGGGAAAUCAGCUUCAGCCGGAUUAAAUGUGCGGCUUCCGAUGACAAGAAGGUAUCCUCUCGGCUGUCUCAGGUUCAACAGUUACUGCAAGAGGCUGAGGAGCGUGCCAGCGCCGCUGGAAACGAGCCGCCUCCAAAAAUUACACUUGACCAUGUUACUGUGAGUUUUGCAAGAAGUGGUGGGCCUGGCGGUCAGAACGUAAACAAAGUUAACACCAAGGUGGACAUGCGCUUCAAUGUUAAAAAUGCAUAUUGGCUAAGUGAAAGGAUCAGAGAGAGGAUCAUGCAAAUGGAAAAGAAUCGCAUUAACAAGGAUGGCGAGAUUGUGAUUUCUUCGACAAAGACUAGAACACAGAAGGGCAACAUUGAUGAUGCUUUGGCAAAGCUACAGGCAAUCAUUGAUGUGGCUUCUUAUGUUCCACCACCUCCUUCUGAAGAGCAAAAGAAGAAAAUUGCCAAGUUGGCCGCUAUCGGAGAACAGAAGCGACUGAAAAGUAAGAAAGCCCUUUCAGACAAGAAGGCUUUUAGAAGAAGUCGAGACAGUUGGGACUAAUUUGUUUAUUUGUAAUCUGUCACUUACUGUUGUUUAGAGUUUAGGAUUAUCAAUGCGGUUGCAUGUUUAUUUUGCUUCCUGUACAUGUUCCAUGAAGGAAUAUAUGUAAAGCAUCGAUAAAUCUGUGUCUGUGUCGUGAUGAAAAUAACCAUGCCAGAAGGCAUCAGUUGCUUUGAUGACUGGCCAUUCUAGGCUAUUGAAUAGAUACAGCAUACACACUAAAACUUUUUACAGCUUUAGAUUUUGAAACUUGUGGAAUGGUUUAACUGGUA